UUCCUCCCUCCCGGAGUCCCCGUGCCGUGCCUCUCCCGGUAGCACCUUACUGCUGGGUAUGAAGAGGUUGUCUGUGUUGCUGGUGGACUGCAGGAAAACAACGGGGCUGAGUGGAACUGUGAGAGGAGGAGGAGAGAAGAAAGGAUCAGAUUUGACUCAUCAAAUCAGCAGGUGGCGAUUUGAGCCUUUCAGGGGAUGCUGCUUGCGUGACGUAUAAUCUAGUGGACGGAACUGGAGGCUUCUUCAACAGCGACAAAAGGCUUCUGAUUCAACCAACGUGGUGGUUUGCUAGCGAACAUUAAACCUAAACAUUGAAACGUUUAAGACAAAUCGUGUGUAUAUUAUUGUUAGUGUUUUAAAAACAAUUCUGUUUACUUAUCUACUAGUUCAUUGAAACGUAGAUUGCUUGUUAAAUUAGCUAAUGUGUUAAAUUGAUACUGCACUAGGCUAAUCGCCCGGAACAUGAGCUCACUAAUCUCGACGGAGAAAGAAGCUCCGGUGAAAGGAGAGGAAGAAGCUUUCAGGAUGAAAAGGGAGGAAGAGGAGGCUAUCUCAUUGAAAGAAGAAGAGGAUGAUAUUACAGUGAAAGAGGAAGAUGGGAAAGAGGUUGUCAAAGUGGAAGAGGAGGAGGUAGAAGCUUUCAGAAUCAAAAAGGAGGAAGAUGCCAUAACAUUGAAAGAAGAGAAUGUAGUGAAAGAAGAGGAAGAACCUUUUAGAGUAAAAGAGGAAGAGGAGGCUAUCUCAAUAAAAGAGGAGGAAGACGUUUUGGGAGUGAAAAAGGAGGAGGCUGAAGAUCGGAUUACAAACAGAGAGAGACGUUACUAUCGUGGAUCCUCUGGGGAGCCUAAACAACAUCCUGAUGCUGAUGAGUCAGAGAAGAAUCUCUCCAGAUCAGAACACCAGAUGGACAACGCUAGCCCUCCCUCCCUCCCGGAGUCCCCGUGUCGUGCCUCUCCCGGUAGCACCUUACUGCUGGGUAUGAAGAGGUUGUCUGUGCUGCUGGUGGACUGCAGGAAAACAACGGGGCUGAGUGGAACUGUGAGAGGAGGAGAAGAGAAGAAAGGAUCAGAUUUGACUCAUCAAAGAGAAAGACCAGACUCAGAGGAACCAGAGCCAGGGACGUCCAAACCAACAAGAAGACACCAGUGUUCCCACUGUGGAAAUUGUUUUAACCAGUUAAGGGACCUGAAACUACACGAGAGAAUACACACAGGUGAGAAGCCUUACCACUGCUCCCAGUGUGGAAAGAGUUUUGACCAUUUAAGUAACCUGAAAAGACAUGAGAGAAUACACACAGGGGAGAAGCCUUACCACUGUUCCCAGUGUGGAAAGAGUGUUAACGAUUUAGGGAACCUGAAAAAACAUGAGAGAAUACACACAGGGGAGAAGCCUUACCACUGCUCCCAGUGCGGAAAGAGUUUUAACGUUUUGGGGAACCUGAAAAUACAUGAGAGAAUACACACAGGUGAGAAGCCUUACCACUGCUCCCAGUGUGGAAAGUGUUUUAACAAGUUAGAUAACCUGAAACAACAUGAGAGAAUACACACAGGUGAGAAGCCUUACCACUGCCCCCAGUGUGGAAAGUGUUUCAAACAGCUGGGGGGCCUGAAAUAUCAUGAGAGAAUACACACAGGGGAGAAGCCUUACCACGGCUCCCAAUAUGGAAAGUGUUUUAACAAGUUAGGGAACCUGAAACAACAUGAGAGAAUACACACAGGUGAGAAGCCUUACCAUUGCUCCCAAUGUGGAAAGUGUUUCAACCAGCUGGGGGAGCUGAAAUGGCAUGAGAGAAUACACACUGGGGACUUGCUGUCUUAUAUUGUUGACUGAUAAUGAUUACCUAUUUUUACCAUAUGAACUUGAAUUGUACAAAGUAUACUAAAACAUAUAUUUGUAUGUUUUUAUUAAAAAACAUGAAUUUAAUAUGGAGUUUGAAAAUAGAGUAGGUCAGAUUCCUUCUGUUUUAAAUGGUGGUUUUUUAAACUCUGACACUGUGUGUGUGUUUAUCUGUGUGUCAUUCCUCCAGCACUGCCGAUAAUCAAGUGAUAUUUGGAUGUGAUGCAUUUGUUCCGUUGUUUACAUUUGCAAUGUUGGCCCACCAAUGAUUUAAUGAAAUGAUAAUGUUCACAGACUCUGUAAUGCAAAAUAUUAAUUGUAUGUGUCCACAUAUCUGAGUAUGUGACUUGUGGUGAAUGAAUCAGAAUUAGUUGGGUAACAUAGAUAAUUAAGAUGUCUUAUCUGCAUAAUAUGCUCAUGUGAUAUACUUGUUAUUAGAAUGUAUUGCUUCGGAAUCUGGUGUUGGCAGUUGCACUUCUUCCCUCAGCUGGGGCUCAGUCACCUGGGGCCCAGAGAGGGGAGAGGUCAGGCUUGUCUUUUACAUGUCCCUGGUGCUAUGCAGAAUAUCAGGAAGGGAAGAGGACAGGAGGGAACAUUGUCUUCAUAUGUGAAUGUAUCUGUUAAACUGUGUGAUUAAUGGGGAACCACUUACUGGUUUCCACAAUGUCUGUGCGCAAGUCACUCCCUCCUUUGGCAUUGGGGGGAGGUGUAUGGCAGUGUCUGGAACCAUUGUAUGGCCUCUCCGAUGUUGCACUUAUCCUGGGAUAGUGUAUGACCUAGAGGCUCACUCCCCUCAGUGAGCUUGUCCAGGAGUGGGGUCAAGAAGGGGUUUUACUUGAGAUGGGAGUAUUUAGAGUUGACAAUUGAGUUAUGCCAUUGGAUGAGUUGGUGUUUUUGUGCUAUGAAGUACCAGGAACGAGAUUAGAACCUCGUCUUAGGGACCAAACUGAAUGAUAAAUUAUAGCGAAUGCUAUCUGGCUACGGGAUACUCCUUUCUCAUUAUAAAGUCUCACUUUGUAAACUGUUCCUAAUAUCUGUGGUUUAUGUCGACUAGGGGGUGGAUCUUUGCUAUAAAAGAUCUCAGUAGCCAUUGUGUUGCCACUCUCAACGGUUCAUUAGAAAUAGUGAAUUGUUGAAAGUCAUUGCAAAGAUCUUAUUAUUAAAGAUGUAGUUUAAGUAUAACUCUGAUUGGUGUGUGAAGUUUGUCUCUCCUCAUUUGGUAAUACAGAAAUUAACCACCACAGACUAACCUUGUGAAACUGACCUAUUAUAAUCUCCUGUUCCUGGGAGUAUCAUCCUGCGUUGCAAACCAGUUUGCACCAGUGCCCUUUGUAUGAAUAAUAUCCCACCCAGGAACAGGAAACUAUAAAGAUAUGUGCUCAUCACCCAAUGCUUCAGGAAUUCAGACUGUCUACACUGCGCUGUGUAACUCUGUUAUUCUCUCUGAGCUCAGAAAUAAAGAAUCUUGGUUUGA